CUCCUUGAUGAUGAGUUAAAUAAGAAUGCUAAAGUUCUUUUAGAAAGGUAUCUAUCGAUCGAUGAACAAAUAUGAUCAACUAAGACAUUAUAUGAAACAAUGCUUACAAUUGAAGCCACAUAAAUGGGGAUUUAAAUUUUUUGUGUUUUGUAGGAUAUCAGGUUUUGCCUAUAAAUUCAGGCCAAGAAAAUAAUGAAAAGUAUAGGCUGAAGGGUGAACCAGAUUUAGGUGCUAGUGCAAAUGUCGUAAUACGAUUAGAAAGAAUUAAUCAUACGUCGUAAUAAAAUUAUACACUCUACUUUGAUAAUUAUUAUACUUCUAUUCCACUUUUAGCAUAUUUAUCUAAAGAAGGGAUAUAUUCUUUAAGAACUAUAAAUAGGAACCGAAUUCCUAAUUCCAAAAUUCCUACUGAAAACGUUUUCAAUAAAAUGGAACGAGGACAUUCAAUGGAAUUUGUUGAGAAUUAUAAUGAUGUAGAAAGCUCUGUGACAGCAUGGAAAGACAAUAAAACUGUAAUAAUGGCCUCAACAUUUGCUGGUGAAAAGCCUUUUGGAAAAGUGUUGAGACAUGACAAGAAAACUAAAGAUCGUGUAGAAAUUAUUAGGCCUCAUGCCAUUGAAGAAUAUAACAAACAUAUGGGAAGUGUUGACUUACUCCAUAGCAUAAUAGCUCGACACAAAAUAUCAAUGAGAAGCAAGAAAUGGUAUAUGAGAAUUUUUCUUUCAUUUGUUAGAUCUAGUUAUCGUAAAUGCAUGGUUACUAUACAAGAAUGUGAAAACUGAUAAAAAAUCUGAAAAUAAAUAAAUAAAUAAAAAUCUAAUGAAUUUACAAUAAUUCAAAUCUGAAGUUGCAUCAUGCUUAUGCAAAAUGGGGUACGAUCGAAAUGCUAAAAGAGGAAGACCUAGUAAUACUUCAAUAGAGCAAAUGUCUCACACUAAAAGAUGCAAAGGGACUGCCCAAUCUGUUCCAUGUAAGGACAUUCGUAGAGAUGGUAUAAAUCAUUGGCCAAUAUGGUCAGAAAAAAUACGGUGCAAGUUUCCAAACUGCAAGAGCUACACUCAA